CCAACUUCAUUGACCUUCACAUUGGAUUCCCUUGUCUCAUCAGUUAAUGAUAUUUUUCUGAACUGUUGUAGUCCUUGUGGGUCAGGGAGCAUUCAAGUGUAGCGAGUUCCUAAUUUUUAAUCCGUUUUACUUUCCUGGAAUACAAGGCAGUUUAACCAUGCAGACCCCAAAGACAAGAAGUAGUAGUAGCUCCUCUGAAGUGCCUCAGAAAGUGUCCCCUCGUGGUGGACGCCGACUCAGGCCUGCUACACUGGACACUACUGCAUCUUCAUUAAGCCAACCUAACAAAACAUCAAAGGAUAAUACAAGUCCCAAACUCACCGACCGCAGAUCACCCAGAAGCCCCGCUCCUGAGAGGAAGCGUCCUAGCAGAAUAUUCGAAUUGGAAUCUCAGAAUUCUCAACUCAAAGAGGAUUUGAAGGUGGUGAGGAACCAGCUCGGUGUGUCUGAAUCAUGCAAGAAGCAAGCUCAGCAAGAUGCUGAAGAGUCCAAGAAGCAAGUAGCUUCCCUAUCCUUGAAACUUGAAGAUUCUCAACAGCAACUUGUGAAGUUCUCGGCUACAGAACAAUCUCGUGUUGUUGAGCUCCAGAAAACCAUAGAAGAGCAUGACAAGACUUGGCAAUCCGAGCUUAGGAAUGCCCAACAGAAGCUCUCAGACAACACCGCUGCGCUUACCUCUGCCAUCGACGAAAUUCAGCAGCUCAAGGUUCAGCUUGAAUUGGUAGCUAACUGUGAGAAUGCGCACACGCAAAUUGCGGAAUCAUCAGACGUGGAGCUGCUAAACUUGAAGGAUAACUUGGCAGAAUCUCUUUCUCUUGUGGAGAACAUGAAAAACCAACUUAAAGAUUCCAAAGAGUCAGCUCAGGCACAAGCUUUGGUCAAUGAGACUUUGAGGCAACUUGAGGCUGCAAAAAGAACUGUUGAGUUUCUGAGAGCUGAUGCUGCUAAAGCUGUCAAUGGCUACAACUUUGCUGCUUUGGAGUUAGACCAAUCUAGAGCACGGGUGAACUCACUAGAGGAACUAGUAAGCAAACUUGAGUUUGGCCUCAUUAGUAACAAAUGCAACGGUUCUAUAAAUUUUGCAGAUGAUAGUAUCAUGGAGAUAUUACAAAAGGGUGAGACAGAUUCUAAUCGCAUUGAAGCACAAAUUUACUCUUUGAGCUCUGCAAUAGAGAGUGCUGAAACUAAGCACCAGGAAGAACAGAUCGAGUGUUCUGUGAAGAUUAGGAAAGCCUAUGAGUUGAUUGAACAGAUAAAAUCAGAAUCAAGCAAGAGGGAAUCUCAGCUAGAGGCUGAAUUAAAAAGAAAGAAUGCCGAUAUUGAAGAGUUGAAGGCUAACCUAAUGGACAAGGAAACUGAGUUGCAGUGCAUUGUGGAGGAGAAUGAGAAGUUGAAUUUGAAGCUUGAAAAAAGGAUGUCAUCACAAAGAGAACAUGAACUUCAAAAGGAGCUUCGAAAACUAGAUGAAUGCGUGGCUGGAUUGAAGGCCGACCUGAUGGAAAAGGAAACAACGUUGCAAAGCAUAUCUGAAGAGAAUGAAAUGCUGAAGUUGGAGAUCAGUAAGAGGUUUGCACAUGGUGGUAAGGUGAUGGAGGAAGUUGCUGCACAACUAGAGGCAGCUAAGGCUUCGGAACGCGAGGCGGUUAUGAAGCUUGGUAUUGUGAUGGAAGAUUCAGACAGAAGCAACCGAAAGGCGGCGAGGGUGGCCGAGCAACUGGAAGCAUCUCAAGCAGCAAAUUCAAUAAUAGAAGCUGAACUAAGAAGGUUGAAGAUACAGUCUGAUCAAUGGAGAAAGGCUGCAGAGGCAGCUGCUGCUAUGCUCUCAGCAGGGAACAAUGGGAAACUUAGUGAGAGAUCAAUGUCUUUGGACAACAACUAUAACUCUAUAAUGAACAAGUACUCACCUUUUUGUGAAGAGCUUGAUGAUGAUGAUUUUCAGACCAAGAAAAAUGGCAACAUGCUCAAGAAGAUUGGGGUCUUGUGGAGGAAACCUAAAAAAUAGUCAAUGUUGGCUGUUUACGAGUUAUGACCCGCUUCUAAUGUUAUGAUUAUGUUAACUGUAAUGUUUAUGUUAUGCAAUUUUGUCUGACCGCUACCCUCCUUUUUGUUUGGUGAAACGUUGUCUACAGAUGCUUAGUAGUUUGAAUGAAUUAAGCGCUUUUAUAAUUCAAGGACGUGUAGGUAGAGAUUAGAGAUUGUCAAUGUUUAACCCAAAAGGGUUGGGGUAAGGUUUUCUUUCCAUCAGUGAAAAUCGUGUUUGAUUUCUAA